AUCACGUGACGAUCAUACAUACGGAAAUAACUCAGUGUUAACAGGUCUAUAAAAGAAAAGUGCCCUUUCGUUUCUAAUCAGAUUUAUGAUGGCGUUAUCGGCUGGGUUUCUCCGAGCGUUUGGAUUGUUUCAAGUUUCUUUGGUCGUUCUUGGAUCCGGUCUUGUUUACGCUGAAAAUAAUUCUUCACCACGAUUUCCAGUUGGCGAUCCACGAAACUGUCCUCUCACAAACGGAGUUUAUCGCUUCGAGGUUCUUCCGGGAGGCGGCUGGGACAACUUAAGAAAUGUUCAUAUGGGCGCUGUUUCAGUGAUGAAUUACUCCAAAUGUAAGACUUCAGACGACGGCAAGUAUCUCAUUCCCGAUGAUGUGAUCCUGUAUCCUAUCAAGGAGAGCAAAGUGCAUGUAUUUGCUGAAAUGUACGAUCACUGGCACAACUAUUCGUCCACCACAACCAAGUCUAUCAAUGCGGAAGCUUCGGGAAAAUUUGGUUUUGGAAGCAUAAGUGGUUCGUUUUCUUCUGAGUUCGAAUCAGUGAAGAAACAUCAAGUGGAAGAUAAGGCUGUAACCACUCGAGCACAACUACGCCAUGUUUUAUACACGGCGAAACUCCAGCCCGAUGCCCCUCUACAGGCACCGUUCAAGUCCCGUUUGCUCGAGAUCGCAUCUCACUUACAGCAUAACAAUACUGCUUAUGCAAAUUUUCUCGCGCAGGUAUUGGUUCGAGAUUUCGGAACGCACUAUGUUACAAGCGUCAAGGCCGGAGCAGCCCUGGCGAAAGUGGAUCACUUGACAAAGAAAUUCGUGGCUGAUUUCAGUGAAGAUAAAAGUAAGAUUACAGCUGCCGCGAGUGCAUCUUUUUUCGGGGUGUUUGGAGCUAGUGCUAGCUAUACUCAGACAACUGACAAAAAAGUUUUGGAUGAAUACACACAGAACAUCGCUUAUUCCACAGUAUAUACAUUCGGAGGACCUCCAUUCAGGGUGAAUUUUACCAUCAACAAAUGGGAAGACCAACUAUUGGACGAACUGGUUGCAGUUGAUCGGUCAGGUGACCCUCUUCAUUUUGCAAUUACACCCGGAAGUGUACCAGAAUUGUCCGAAGAACUGGUCUUCAAACUAGCCAACGUUGUCGAAAAAGCCAUUAAACAGUACUAUGAGCACAAUACCAUUAAAGGAUGCACCAAAAUGGACUCUCCGAACUUCAGCUUUCAGGCCAACCUCGACGAUGGAUCUUGCGAGAGCCCAACCAAUAACUACACCUUCGGGGGCGUUUAUCAAACGUGCCAAUGUGAGGGCUCUCCAUCCAGUAAUCCUUGUGGAUCUUUUCUCCAGAAGAACCCUCUCACGGCCGACUACUCUUGUAGUAGUGGUUAUGAACCAGUCAUGGUACAUCAAGGUCGCACACCCGAAAGCUGCCAUCGUGAGUGCCAUGGAUGGUGGAUUUUUAAAAGCUGCGACACUCAUUGCGGAUUCGCCAGCUACGACACCUACUGGUGUGUUGCGAAAGGUUCGGUGCCUCGUAAUACAGGGUAUCUCUUUGGUGGACUCUACAGCAAUGUGUUAAAGAACCCAGUCACACAAGAUCACAGCUGUCCAGUUAGGUUUUACGCCUUGCGCUUUGGAGCCACCAUGCAAGUUUGUGUGAGCGAUGACUACGAGCUAGGCUUCCAGCAGUCGGUCCCCUUUGGUGGCUUCUUCAGUUGUAAUACUGGUAAUCCUCUCGGUGUAAAGAAAGCUGCGGACAGUGCCAAAGGAUCAAACGGUCUCUCAGGCUUGGCAUUGUUCGUGAAACAGUCUGGUCCAUCUGUAUGGCCAAAAACCUGUCCAAUAGGUUAUUCUCAACAUUUGGGAGCCAUUGAAGAAGACUGUGAGAUCAACUUCUGCGUGAAGUCCAAUAUAUUCAACAGCCAGGGAUUUCUCAUCAUCAAAAGACCUCCUUACUCGAAUGCGCCCAAAAUUUACAAAUACACCGUGCCCUUGCUUGUGGUUAACAAUGACACCGGACAUAUUUGGUUUAAACGAUCCAACUCACCACAUUGGGUUUUGGCCACUAAAAGCUCUGUCGCUGAAUUCGUAGCCGAAACCAACCUAGAUGGUCCUGCAAUAAUAGGUAUGGAUCCCGCGCAUGAAAACUUGAAAAAAGGCAAAGAAAAGUCUUCCUCACAGAGUUCCCGUGAUGCCAUGGGUGCCGGGGCCGCGGCUGGUAUUACAUUCGGCGUGACAGCAUUGGCAGGAUUGUUGAUCGCAGUCAUGGUCAUUGGCUGGCGUCGCCAUAAGACCAUUCAAAGAGAGAGCAGCGGUUUAAUGGAGCCAUUGAAUCCCACUGGGUACGGCGCCGUAAAAGAGGAAGGAAGCCCACAAGUUUGAAUUAUGCAGGAACUUUAAAUUGUCUUAAAACUAACAAAUGACUCCAGAUAAUAACUUAAUGUCUCUUAAAACGUUUUUGAAGUUGACAUUUUCUCGCGCUUUGUCCCGUAAAUUCGUUUUCUGAUAAUUGUGUUUUUCAAGUGACAUUGUUACCAGCGCUUGUUCUGUUUAAAUUGUGAUGGAAGAAAUAACCCUAAUUUCAGAGGCACAGAGAAUGUAAACAAAGGAUGUUUCGUUUGACAGAGUACGGUUACACCUGUUUACACAAUGAUAUUGAGUGUCGCUAAACCAAAACCAAAGUAAUCACAACUUCUAAUCAGAAGAAAGAAAAAUACUUUAAGAGCCAAUGAGAAUUCAAAGUAAAAACCACCGAACUGCUAAAAGCGCGGGAAAACGCGAGCGACUAAGUGGUAAAUUGGUUUUAGUUUUGAUCUGAUUGGUCAAGAGAGUAGUGUGAGUUUUCUGCACCAAUCACGGAUCUAAGUAGAGCAAAAACAAAGCAAGCCUGGAUUACUUUCAACUCCUGCUUGUCGUGUCGGACAAACACUGGAUCAUUGUGUUGUACUCUCAAACUACUUAACUAAAACUGUGUUGUUCACGGUAUAAUCCUAAAAGCUAUUCUGCCUUUUCAGUAGUCGGUUUGAGAAGUUAUUUUGCAUUGAAUCACAUUGAAAAACAAUGAAUAGACGAAUAAAUACAUUUAUAACAUGGCUGGUAAA